AUGCACUUGCGUGGCGCUCUUCACCACUCCGGAUAUCCUCAGAGACAUGAUAGGGCCUUAUUGAAAAUUACCGCUACGUUCCCAUCACCACCUGCUUUAAUGCUCAGCUGUCUCUGCUCACCUUGCUCAGGAGGUCCAGUCCCUUACUUCAACCCAGCUACAAACUCUAAUCCUAAUCGUCCACGACCUAUCCCCUACCUGAACGAUCUGGCGACCGAAAAUCAACUUCAAGCUAGCUCGGCAACAAAUCCCGCUAUUUCUAACAUCAGAUUUGGUGGCUCACACUUUAAGGGCCACAGGCGAGGUUCUUGGAACCCGGACAUCCACAACAGGUCCCAUCACAGGCGGCAGGCUGGACUUGAUCGCCGGCGCAAGCAGUGGGAACUACAAAGUCGCAGCCGCAGUACUCUCUCAGGACUAGAAGUAGCCAAGAAACCGACACAGAAUGCUGGAGACUAUAAAGGACAUGAAGCACGGAAAGAACUCGUACGAGGCCCUGCAGUUGGAGAGGACGGCGUCGCAGAUAUUGCACCACAUGGAGGACAGAGACAACGAGGAUUCUUUGGAAUCAACUCGAGCAAGAGUUCUAGGUUAGUCUGCCCCCUUUUCGCUUACCCUAAGCUCUUGUUACGGCCCAUACAAAGAACGGUGUUGACAUCCGCUUCAGCAAACGCGCGCGCGAUCUACGGAGCGACACGACACCUCGACACCAUAAGCUUCGCACAUACUUCAAGCCGCAAAAUUGGGGUCGCGAUCGUUGAGCACAAUCCUACAGGUAGAUCUUAUAUUCACUGCUCUUCCGCCAAGGAAACUUCGCGACUCGCAGCUUUCGAGCAUCUACUGGUCAUCACUGAGGAUAUUCUCCAACGAAUGCUCGAUACGGAAGGAAUAUCGAGUAGUGGCUAG